ANAAAACGUAACCUUUUUGCAGUCCCAUUUGCAGAAAACAAGGGGAAUACCAAGAUCUUACGUUUACUUCUUUCAAAUUUCACUUUUUCUUUUGAAAUCCCACCUCAUUUUUCACAUUUUCUGAGGAGAUUUUCGUUCAAAGUCUGUAGAUUAAUGGCGGCUUACAGAGCAGAAGAUGACUACGAUUAUCUCUUCAAAGUGGUUCUGAUAGGGGACUCGGGCGUGGGCAAAUCCAACUUGCUCUCGAGGUUCACCAGGAAUGAGUUCAGCCUCGAGUCCAAAUCCACCAUUGGCGUUGAGUUCGCGACCAGGAGCUUGACCGUCGAUGGGAAAGUCAUCAAGGCUCAGAUUUGGGACACCGCCGGCCAGGAGAGGUACCGUGCCAUCACGAGCGCGUACUACCGCGGGGCCGUGGGCGCCCUCCUCGUUUACGACGUGACGAGGCACUCGACGUUCGAGAGCGUCGAGCGGUGGCUCAAAGAGCUUCGCGACCACACGGACCCGAGCACGGUCGUGAUGCUCGUCGGCAACAAAUCCGACCUCCGACACCUCGUGGCCGUCUCGACUGACGCCGGGACCUCUUUUGCCGAGCGCGAGUCGCUCUACUUCAUGGAGACCUCCGCACUCGAUUCGACAAACGUGGACAAUGCGUUUACCGAGGUUCUAACGCAAAUACACCACACUGUGAGUAGGAAGACGAUGGACACGGGAGCCAAUGAGGAUGCGCCAGGUGUCCCUUCUAAAGGUGAGAAGAUUGACGUCACUAAGGACGUGACGCAUAUGAAGAAAGGUGGCUGCUGUUCUUCGUGAGCGAAGAGGAAGAAGAGAAUAUGGUUCGUUUUUUCGAUUUUUGCCUUUUGCGUUCGGAUUUUGUGAUUGGAGUGUAAAGGGAACUAAGUAAUUAUAGUUCAAUGAGGUAUCAUCCUAGGGGUGUAAUGACCACCGGGUAUUAUGCAUGGAGGAUGAGAUUUGGAAUUGUAAUGUUUAUUCUGAAUUUUUUUUUUUUUUCAGAUUUAAAUGAUUGUGGUAUUCAUUUAAGGGGUUCUGUUCUUGGGAUUUUUUUAGGGUGUUGUUGAGAAGUUGGAUUCAUUUUUUUAGGUGGUAUUUGUGAAUUGUUAGGGUCUUGUAAUUGCAGUGCAGUGCUGUCUUUAAAUCAGUAUACUAUAGUGCCCGGGGUGGCCUCGAAUUACAAAG